AUGCCAAUGGCAAGACCUUCAAACAACGAUGACGAAGAAGAUGCAGCUGUCGACAAACCACCAGCAAUGGACAAUGACGACGAAGACAUGGACGAUGCCAAUGACAAGACAUCCAACGACGAUGACGAACAAGACGAUGAUGAAGAAGAUGCAGCUGAUAAGGACGCCGAUCAAGACGACGGAAAGAAGGCAGCAUCACCCCCAAGAGUUGGCGGCGAAGGGGAGUCCGAAAAGGAAGCAUCGGCCAAGGACCAGGAUGAAGAUCAGAGCAAGACCGCCGACGAUGAUGGCGAUCUCGUUGAAGGGGCGAAGGACACGGAGUCCGAAAAGGAAGAAUCGGCCAAGGACCAGGAUUAG